AAGAAACGUGGUCGAUCUGUCAGAAGUACUGAUAUCAAAUAUGGCUCUUGCGAAUGGUGACACAAUUGAAUCAAUCGGCAAAAUAUUGAACGACAAGUCGAAGCCUUUGAAGGAUCGAUUCAGAGCUCUUUUUACUCUGAAAAACAUCGGAGGAAGUGAUGCUAUCGAUUCGAUCGCAGCUUGCUUCGACGACAAGUCUGCAUUGUUGAAACAUGAGCUGGCUUACUGUUUAGGACAAAUGCAGGACUCAUACGCCCUGCCAACCCUCACACGUGUCUUACAGGACACGCAACAGGAGGCUAUGGUCAGACAUGAAGCAGGAGAGGCACUUGGAGCUAUAGGUUGUACAGAGUCUACAGAAAUUUUACAACAAUAUGCAAACGAUCCAGUCAUAGAGGUGUCAGAAACAUGCCAACUUGCACUGGAAAGGUUACAAUGGUUGCACAGUGAGAAAAGUAAGGCAGAGAAAUUGUCAUCAAAUCCAUAUUCAUCUGUAGAUCCAGCCCCUCCAAGUGUUUCUGAGGAUGUCAAUUAUUUAAGAGAGGUUCUUCUUGACGAAUCAUUGUCAUUGUUCAAAAGAUACCGGGCGAUGUUUUCUCUCAGAAACAAUGGUAGUGAUGAGGCAGUCAUCGCCCUUGCUGAAGGUUUGAAGUGUAAAAGUGCAUUGUUCCGCCAUGAGAUAGCAUAUGUGCUCGGUCAAAUGCAGAACAAGGUGUGUGUCAAACAACUGUCAGAAAAUUUAAAGGAUCUCAAUGAAAGUUCAAUGGUUAGACAUGAGUGUGCUGAGGCUUUGGGAUCCAUUGCUACUGAGGACUGUACACAGAUAUUAGUGGAAUAUCUAAAGGAUUCAGAGGCAGUGGUCAAGGAGAGCUGUAUUGUAGCAUUGGACAUGAGUGAAUACGAAAAUAGUGAUCAGUUUCAAUAUGCUGAUUCAGUAGCUAAAGUCCAACAUGUUGCAUCUGUAUAAAGUUGAUUAAUAAAUAUUUUGAAAUCAUAGAA